UGUACAUCGGAACGACCGCUCACACGCAAAUCAUGAAGGCACCACGUUUGAUUGACAGCACGACUGAUUUGAGAUGUAUCAUCUGCUUGUACAUACUAGUAGCAGCCACAACUGGAGAUCAGACAGAUAGCGUAACAUGCCGGGAUACAAGUGCGUCCUGUCGGAAGAUGAAUUGUGGUCAACCAGGUAUCGAUGAAAAUUGCAGGAGGACGUGCGGUCGCUGCAACUUAACGGAUUGUGCAGUAGGUAUGUACAGGAAUGGCGACUCUUGCACAGCAUGCCAGAGACAAAGUCAAGAUGACCAUGAUGAAUGUACAAGAACAUGUCCGGUAACUGGAAGAUGGGGAGAAGCAUGUGACAAACAAUGUGGGGAUUCAUGCCAGAGUCUGAGUUGCUAUCAGUGGUCAGGGGAGUGUGUUCAUGGUUGCACUGAGGGUAGAUAUGGAAGACUGUGUGACCUCAACUGUGAGCACUGUGUUCUCUGUGGAGACGGAGCCUCAAACUGUGCCCGUGGAGAUGGUUCUUGUAUCUGUGGAUGUAGGGAGCACUUCUAUGGAGUAAUAUGUGACAAUCAAUGUGAUAACAAUUGUCUUAAUACAUCAUGCAACAGCACAACAGGAGCAUGUACACAUGGAUGCAAUCAGGGAAUGUUUGGAAAGAAAUGCAAAUCAUCCUGCAGUAACAAAUGCCUAAAUGGUACAUGCUACCAGAAUGGAUCAUGUAUUGCGUGUGUAAAGGGACAUUAUGGUAAACAAUGCCGGGAGAAGUGUUCCAGGAACUGUGGUAGUGAGAUAUGUAGUAGAGAUGGGAGUUGCAGUCCCUGUAAACCAGGGUACUUCAAAACGCAGUGUCAGGAGAAAUGCAGCGACAAUUGUCUGAAUAGAACAUGCAGUCAGAACAACGGGACAUGUUAUUAUGGUUGUGUUUCCGACUGGCAUGGAGACACAUGUGCUGUUAAAUGUCCUGCGAACUGCGCUACUGACAAAUGUAGCAGAGACAACGGUUCGUGUGCAGAUGGAUGUAUAGAUGGUUCCUAUGGUCAACACUGUAACCUCACAUGCAGUAGCAAUUGCACAGACAUGGAAUGUACCACUAACGAACAAGCCCCGACUGUUGACAGCAAAAAUACCACCCAUGUUGUUUGGUCAGCGAUUCCUUGUAUUCUCAUCGCCAUUCUGCUGCUGGUUCUCACGUUAUUUGUCCGCAAAAGACGAACAGUACAGCAUUGCUUGAGAGGAAGACAAGGAUUACUUAACGAUUCUGCAAACAAUACAACAAAAAUGCAAUUGAUCUACCCAUCCAAUCAGCCUACUUCUGGAGGUAAUACGACCCCCGUUGACCAACUGAACAACAAUGGGAAAGAUGCCUCGUUAUCCACGGAUAUCAUAAAAGAGAGCAAUGGAACUUCCCUUCUACUAGCUCAAGCGCCAAGUCAUUCGGCACUGUCGCGGGAUGAUAGCAGAUCUGUAUUUGGUUUUGACCCUCACCCAUGUCACGUGACUGACACGUUACACCCAGACAGUGCGUGGUCAACGGAAGUGUCCGUCCUAAAUCUGAGCACCUAUGUUGAAAUUAUGAGGAGGACUGGUGGUUUCUCUGCACACUGUGCUGACCUUCCCCGUGGCAAGCUUGGGUCCUGUCAUGAAGCCGAAUUACCAGAAAAUGCUUUCAAAAACAGAUAUAGCAAUAUAUUACCCUAUGAUCAUUGCAGAGUCAAACUAACCCCUAUCCCCAACGCCCCUGGAUCCGACUACAUCAACGCUAGCUACAUAAACGGAUAUGGGGCGUCACAGGAGUUUGUAGCUACACAAGGACCUUAUGGAGACGUCAUACGAGACUUCUGGAGAAUGACGUGGGAAAUAGAUGCGAGUAAAAUAAUUAUGCUGACAAAUUGCGUAGAAAACAGAAAGGCUAAGUGUGAGAAGUACUGGCCCGACUUCGGCCAGCCAUGUUCCAACUACGACGAUGUCCAUGUUCAGUGUGUGGCCGAGGAGGAGAUGACGGACUACACAGUCAGGACGUUCUCUAUACACAGGGAGGCGGAGUUACCUAGGACACUGAAGCAGUACCACUUCACUGCAUGGCCAGACAAAGGAGUACCAGAGGAUGUCAGGGCGCUGGUGGACGUCUACAGACUGGCCAAGAACGCACCGUCGAUUGGAAAAGGCCCAACGGUCGUCCAUUGCAGUGCUGGCGUGGGCCGGACUGGGACGUGGAUCGCUCUGGACUAUUUGAUUGAACAAGCCAAGGCGGAAGGUGCGGUGGAUGUCUUUGCGUGCAUUGUUCAGCUCCGACAUCAGCGAAUGAAUGUAAUACAGACACAGGAUCAAUACAUAUUUCUCCAUGAGGCCCUGAUGGAGGCUCUCCAGUCAAGUGACAAGGAGGGACAAUACGACAGAAUGAGGUCCAGCUGUGUCGACAUCGGUAAUGGGGAUUGCGAAGUCUUGGAGGACAAACGCAGUUGACAAUGACGAAAUCCCACCAAUCUGCAUAACCCUGUCAUGGAUAUCGGGACACAAGCUUCAAGAGGGACAGAGUUAUGUUUAAUCCUUGCUUUACUAAAGAAUGUUACAUCAAUGUUAAUAGCAAUCAAUAGUCUAUAUAUGUUGUAUGAUGUGAUUCCUUGAAGCAAAUCAUAAUAUUAGUCGUUUUGCUGGUCUUUAUUUUCAUAGUAUUUUUCAAACAAAAGGAUGGAAUAUAUUCCCAAUCACUCCACUGUACAUUUGUUUCCCAGUUACCCCACGGUUGCUUUAUUGACCACCUCCCUAACUUUCAGUGGUCAAGACCAAUUGUGUUGUCCGAAUGUUUAUCCUAUACGUCAGCAACAGCUUGAUGUUCAGCUUCGAUAAAAAAAAAAUGUGAAUAUCGAGAGAGAACACUAUAUGACUUUAUUCUAAAUCGUAUCCUCGAUUACUCUCGUAUAAUACAGCUAACGCCCACUGAGGACGUGACUAGCCUGUUGUCAUAGACAUUUGUAUACGGGAGUCAUAUGGCAAGGGGAGUUGAGAAGAAAGAGGCUUAAGGCAAACUUAAUAUUUUAGAUUAAUUCAACCACUUUACCAUGAUGACAUUUAAACCCAGAUUUCAACAGUGAAUAGAUUACGUGACGUUUUAUGCAAGCAUUCGAAAAUAUUAAACGUAAAUACGCACAUAUAUCUGGAAAAAAAAGUUCACAAGAAAAUUAUUCUUAUUCAUAAACCACCUUGUGACAAAAUAUGGAUACGACAAAAAAAUUAUGUGUGAGUUUCGGUUUGAACAAGGGUCAUUUGUAUGUGUGCUCGACUGAGGGUAUUCUGCCCUAGUUUCAUAUCGUGGAUCUUCACCUCGGUCACCAACAUGUCAAUGUGACCCUCAGCAGGGUGACGGGAGUGUGUCAGUGGAAACUGAUCAUAUUGUACACAUAAUAACAGACCCGUUUAAAGUCAUCAAAAGAAGAAGAAAUUCUUUUGUUCAACCAGCAGUUUAUUGAUGUGAGGAGGCGUCUUCCGGGUAAAUGACAAGUUCAGGAUAUUUGCACUUAUUUAACGACGUGCUUGUGUGUGACUGAUCGUACCCGUCCGGACUUACAUGUAUGUCGGUUUCUUAGAAUAAGUAUACCAAAAGACGUUAAAAGAUGGUACUUGUUGUUACCCUGUCUGGCGCUCGGCAUUAAGGGGCUAAAACAAGGACUGGUCGGCUCGGAGUCAAUAUACUGUGUCUGAGUGGGGUAUUCAUGUUAAACUGCGGCAUAGUAUCUCAGUGUGCUAGCACUAUAAAUCGGCCGUCCGGACUUACAUGUAUGUCGGUUUCAUAGUGCUCGUACACUGAGAUACCAUGCCGCAGUUUAACAUAGAGACCCUACCCACACACUGCUUCUAAGCAGACCAGUCGUGGUUUAAUAUCCGUAAUGUCGAACACCAGUCAAAGUAACCACAAGGACAAUUAUUCAAUGCAGUUAGACCGGGAGAUCGAGCCACCGACUUUCCGCUCUCCGGGCUGAUGCUCUUUUCACCAAACCAGGAUGUUGUCAGCUGAGAUAGAUAUCAUAAUUGCGUUUUGUGUAUGGACUAUGUUUUGUUGAAAAUUAAAUGCAAGAACAAGUCUUGGUUGAUGCUGUGAAACAUACACGGUAUUGUUGCAUGCCCUUGAUAAAAAAUCAUUUUCUAUUUCCGGCUUGGCAUGCUUCCAAACCACAUAUGCUUUUCGAGAGGUUGUUUUGAUUUCAUAUAUAUAUGUAUAAAAUAUACAUAAAUUCCGGACACCGAUAUACCAAAAGGGUAAAUUGUAAACGAGUUCCCACCCUAGGCUACUUGAUGUGUCCUUUACGUGACACCAAGCAUUCAAACCUUUUCCACGUUUACCGAGUACAAAACUGUAAGAUCAUGAUAUAUAUUUCAGCUAAAUGACCUUAUUGCGAUCAAAUUCGACAAAUAGUAGAUCUUAUCUUCUUGGACACAUCCUAGAUUUGCUAAUUUGCAUCCCUAUUAAUGAUACAUCCGUCACACCUUCGACCGACUAACAUCCUUGAUACCUGAAACUGACUGUUCUACGCAUACCAGGAAUCAACUAACCUCAGAUCAGGAGCAGCGUAACCAAGUUACUACGCAUAUACAUGCAAUAUAAAGACAUCCUUUCUUAACGAAAUUGAAAUGUCACACAACCUCCCCAUUUGUUAUCAUUUAUAAACAUUUCUAUCGUAUAAUCAUUCGGUUCAUCCAAUGGAUUCUCUGUGUUCUCUGUAGUUUACCCUACAGUUUUGUAUACAGAAUGUGCUUCUUUCUUCUUUGCUCUCUGUACUAAUGUAUAUAAUUUUACAUUUACUUUUGUGUAGAAAGUUGUCUAGAAUCGCAAGUAAAACAUCCAACAACUGCCUGUGUAGCAGGUAUUAUCAUCAUUAUGAGGGAGCACAAGUGGCCCAGUCAUCUAAGGCGCUGCAAUUCGCUGUGCUGAGUUGCUUCCCUUCGAUCGGUGGGCCAGAAACCUAUAAUCGUUAGGACGGAUCAUAGAUUUGCCCUGUUAAUAAGUCAUGCUUUGUCAACCCCAAUAGAAUUAGAUAUAUGAUAUCUAACUUGAUAGUGUUGGUGCACUAAAUCACGACUGAUCAUAACGAAGCUGCUAACAAUUGAACAAUGUGUAAGAUAUUUGUCACUUCCACAUUUCAUAUAUCCUAAACUGUAUGUAAAUGUUAUGAUAAUACCACGGGGUCAAACCUUCUUUAGAAAAUUACAUAAAAGGGAAAUAACCUGGACCACAAUGGCUAAUAAUAUAAUAUACUGGAAAUAUAUCAGUGCUGUCAGUGAUGGACACAAUAUAUGACUUUGGUGAAGUGUAUUCAAGGGUGUAUGUUAAAGUAAAAUACCACGAUGAGGUCAAAAAGCGAAAUACGCUCAAACAAUAUCAUAAAUUUAUCAUAUUACAUAUACCUUGAAUUUGCCGUAUAUAAAAUAUAUGUAUAUGCAAAAUAGCAGAGAAAUGGAGAGAGAAAAUAAUUAAUACAGCUUUUAUUGUGCCAGUGUUCAGAUCAGAAUUCACAAAUGAAGUUUUAGACACCUUUGCUGAGAUGUUAUACCUUGGAGCCUUAGGCCUUUAGUUCAGAACAGAUGACGACGACUUACGGCGACUGACAACGCUCCACGACAUGACAUUCAAUAUGACUGUUCCAAAAAGUCAGGGGGUAUGUUUAAUAUUAUGACACGUUUUAGAGACACCAAUACAAGGGUCAUUUAUGAUAAAGUUUCAGUAACAUGGGACUUGCUGUUGCUAUGCGAUAGUGUAAAAUGUGAUAUUUAGACGGUUGUACGGGCGAUAGCCAGUAUACCUACUACUCAGGACAUAUUUCACUGUACAUGACGCAGCAUCCAUCAAACAGUAAGGUUCUUACAAGACCCGGUUCUAAUUUAGCACCGACCUUUACCAAACGCCGACGCUAAUGCCAUGGACAUGUUUAUACUCCCAAAUUCCCUUAGCUAUAAAGCGCCCUAUUAUAUUUCGUUUAACUUAAUUUGUAGUUAUACAACAUAAUCAUAGUGCGCAAAUGAAUUUUACAAAAAUUAGCAAAUGUAUUGAUUAAAAGUUGAUGUGAAAGAUAAAGUAUGGAGAAAUUACGGAAACAGUAAAGAGCAAAAUAGAUGUGAAACUCAUGUCUCCUUACCUCGUAAAAAUACAUUUUAGUCCAAUAUAGUACUUUUAGUGUUAAUGUAAAAUUGCGAACCGGAACAUGCGACCGAAACCAGGCAGAAUUAGAAAAGCAGAGGAUACAAUGUAAAUAGCGCGCGAGAGUUGAAGGCCUCGACAAAAAUCUCCCCUCGCGACCUCCCCCGACAGGGCUUGAAGGAUUGUAGUGAAGGAUUUGUUCGUUGUUUAAAGCCGCAUUGGUAAUGAGUACCAUGCUUGUACAUAUAAGAUUUCAGGGUAACAUCAUGUCAUUAUCGCUGUUCAAAAUUCAAAACUUUGUCACUUUAUACAUUGAAGGAGAGGGCGUAGGAAACAAACGUAUUCCACAUAUGGGUAGGGCUUACCCUUUUUGCGAGCAUCUGGUGCGAUCACUGAUUUUCACUGAUCCGUGUAUAUAUUUGUUACAACUGUUUAGCCCUUUAUGCCUAAUAUAAUCGGGGUUUUUUUCUGUAUAAACGAGACUGCUUAUUCUUUGGCCUUGUUGGUUUAUAUUUUAUUCUAUAAUUUUGCAGUGUUUUAAUUUUUUAAAGAAUGUUGUAACUGAAUUACAUUGUUUCUGUUUAGAUUCUGUUGAAGUUCAUGGCAUUGUGUUUUGACAUAGUGCUAGCUAAUGUUAGCAGUGGUGUGGAAGUUAUAUAUAUUUAUAUGCUUUUGGAAUCAAGUAUAAUCUUGAAUCUUGAAACAGGUAGACUCAUCUAGCACUGUAUUUAACAUUUUGGACGGUAUUUUGACUAUAUACUGUGGUCAAGAGCGUGCCUAUCUGAUAUCAGUUUACAUCAACACCAGCGGUUGUGUGAAGAUAUUUGAUUUCACCCUGGAUAUCCAGCCUAUUUUGAAAGCUUGACCACUGUUACUGCUAGGUGAAUAUUAUAACCAUAUGACUGCUAUUAUAUUUUAUACUGCCGCUGUAGUUCUUCUGCCAUUGGAUUUUGUACUGCCACUCUACUGUGUACUACCAAUGUAAUUGCUGUGCAGUACUUUGUAUUGAUUUGUACACCUAAUUAAUAUUACAAUACAAUUUUUAAUGGUA